UCCAAAACUAAAUUAGAUGCUACCCAACAAUCUAAACCUAGCUCACCCUAUAUAAACACCUUUACCUUUCGGCCAUACCAUUUACACUUCAGCCUCCCACGCAGACCAUCAGUUCUUUUAUACGUAAUUCAGCCUCCUUCACAAACCAUCGGUUGCUCAACCUUCGGCCUCUAGCUAUGGUUCCAUUCAGAUUCUCAUCAUUCUUCUCCAUGCAUGCUACAUUCAGCGUCGUCUCAAAAUGAGAUCAUCUAACAAUCUGAUUACAGCUCAAGGUGAAAUUAUAUUUUUUACCCGAUGUUGACAUUUUUCCGACCUUUGCUAUAGCUACAGCGACAGAGUGCUUAUCAAAGGAUCUCAGAACUCUUCUUUCUUCACUCUGGUUUCGUUGGACUCCUUAAUGUCUUGUUCUUAUUUUUAGCUAUUAGAUUAUCGGUAUAGAAAAUGUAUAAUUAAUAGGUUCUGGAACCAUAAAAAAGGUUGCCAAUUAUGUAUUAUUCAUACGGAAAAUUUUAAUUAUCAAUUAGAUUGAAAUUAGUUAUGCAUGUUUGAAGUUUGUGCAGCUUCAAAGGCAGGUAUCAAUAGCACCAUUGAUAUGAUAUCACUUUAUUAUACUAAGCAUCAAAUGAACAAAGAUAUUUUAUUAGGCUUACAUAUCCUUGUUCUACAUUUCUUUAGGAAGGUGGAGUUUCUUCCCCAAUUGGCCCUAAAUUACUCUUUCUACUCUUCGAUUGUUAUCUUCAACUUCUUUAAACGUCCAUAACAACUAAAAAGAAACUGCAUAAUCAUACAUGGUAGAAAAUUGUAGUAGAGUGGGAAAGAACACCUUUUUCUCUUUCAAAACCAUCUCGGUUUUCAACUUCUUUAGACAUAUAAUAUGCCCUUGCACCUUUAACUUUGACAUUGUUUGUUGAUUUUUUGUAAUCCACGUCCUUGAUGAGAGACCCACAUGUUAGUAUAUAUGUCCUAGUGACAAUCACUUUUUAGAGAUAUAUGUACUUGAUCACAUUCAGUUUUAUAUAUUUGAUAUAUACGGUAUUACACAUUCAUAAUUAAGCAUUUCGAUUGUCAAUGUCUUAUUCAUAAUUGUGUUCCCUUGGACUUAUGUUGUCGAUAAGUAAGUGAGAGCUUAUAUACAUAAGGUCCUAAAAAGGCCCCAAUCAAUGAUCAUCAAGAAUGGGAUAUUGAUGAUAUGCGAUAAGAUUGGUAUGUGGACUGCAUCAUACUUUUAGAAAGUAUAGUUGAUCUCACGACUAUGAGUUCCUGUAAUUCAUGAUGGUCACAUAGAUAUUUUAGAGAAUAUUGGCAUACCCACCGAGAAACCACUUGAUAAGUUCUAUUCAUGUGUCUAUGGGAUUAUCGGCGUAUAGAGUAGUGUAAUAGUCCUCCGACUUGAGGUCAAUACGUACUACAUGUGCGGAGUGAUGUACUUUGACCAUGACCAACGCUUGCACUCCAAUCGGGGUAGAUACGGCAUGUGUUGGGUGCAUCACGAAGCACAUGGAGUCGUAGUUGAGCCAAGAAAGGAUUCAUUCCUCAUAAUAGAUUAAGAGAGAACAUUCUACUUCUCAUAUCUAGAUGGAUCAUAAAGUCAUUGGCCAAUGCAAAGAUAUAUUCGUUUUGGAUAUCGAAUAUGAUCGUUAUGGAUCAUCUAGAAAGAUUGAGAGACAGAGACUGAGUUAUUGGGAUAGACACUAUAUCAUGUUCUAGACUUAGUUGAAUGUUCGCUGAAUGAAAGGACCGUAUCACUAUGAGCUCUAUAUUACAGGGAGUUUGUAUAGUCCUCGCAAACGUCCUUAUAUAUUAAGUUUGUCUGGAGAAUCGUCUAGGGAUUCGCUAAGACCUUAAUUUGAUUAGUGCUUAAUAUAUAAGGCCCUAUGGGUCACACAACAAGUGAUUAUACCUUCCGAUUGAAUUGUUAGAAUGAAUUAAAUAUUAUUAAUUGGAUUAAAUAAUAUUUAAUUCGUAAUACUGAAAAUGAAUUAAAUAUUAAUUAGAUUAAACAUAUUUAAUUCAUGAAGCUGAAGGAGAGUUCUAUUUGAUAGAAUUAAUUAAGUAAGAUAAAUUAGAUUUAUCAUACUUAAUUAAGAUGUAUUUAUUAUUAAAUAAAGUAGAUAUUUUCUUUUGUAAUUUGGAAUUAAAAGAAAAGUAAACAAAAUAAAUAUUAAUAUAUAAUAAUUAGAAAGUGGCGUGCAGCCACAUCUCAAUUAUUAUUAUUAUUAUUUUGUUUUGGUUUAUCUACUUAUUUAAUUAAUUAGGAGUAUUGGUCCUAGUAGGAUUAGAACUCAUUAAUUAGAAAGACUUUCAUUGUGAUUGGGAAACUAGUUUCGAACUAGUAUAAAUACAUCCUUCUCCUUCAUAGUUUGUAGACCAGUUUUUAGAUUCAGUAUUACCAGUUUAUUUCCCCGCAAAGAGAUUUCCUAGCCUUUCUCUUAGGGAGAUCUAUCCGUUCUUUCGGAAAGGAGAAAUCACGUGGAUACCAAAGGUCAAGAAUUAUCACCGCUAGACUGGAAGAUCUGUAAGUUCUAACUCAGAUCUUUUAUUAUUGUUAUAUUCGUUGUUUUGUCAUAAUCAGGGAAGAUCUGUUUGGGAAAAUUUUAAACUUCCGCUGCCGUACUUUCGAGGUACGUUACAUCAAUUUCCUAACAGUGGUAUCAGAGCCAAACUGAUUCUAAUGACAUUACACGAAUUUUGUAGAUAUACAGACUAUCUAUUUUCGUGGAUCUAAAUACAUUAUUCUCAGAUUAUGUUUCCGAUCAAUGAUUGUUUUUCGAAGUAAUUAUAUUUUGAUUUUAGAAAUUGAAAUAUGAAUUGUAAUUGAACUGGACGACAGUCUUUUCGGAUCUACAAUUUGUUGUCUCUACGUUUUGAACGAUCAACCAUGACGACCGACCUUCAAUCGAUUUUCUAUGCGUUUUUUUUUUCUGUCCUUGCAAAACAUGGCCGCCAUUAAUGGCGAUUAAAAUUCUGCAAAAUCGUUCUCUAUGUUUGGAGCGCCUCCAGACGAGAUUCGAACGGGAAUGUAAAGACCAAUCGACCUCUUGCUUAGUCAUCGCCGUUCUAGUUGCACCGAAACCACCACGGACAUCGACGGUGAGGAUAAGCGAUGGGGCUGCAGGUUAACAACGAUUCCACUACGAAGCCUUGCAGCUGCGAUUUGUUUUUGGUUUAUGGGCUUACUUUAGAAGUUAGAAUAAAAUCAAGGACCCACUACAAUUUAAUUAAAGUCCUAAACUUUGGCAAUUGUGCACUAAUUCAUACGGAGCACUAAUCUAGGCCGUAUAUACAGAGUCUAAUUCCAUUAGAUGUGGAAGUUGUGAAAGUCCUGAUUCUAAUGUAACUUGGUUUUCUAUAUACGUAGUUAAACACUACGUAUCAAAAUUAAUCUUAAUUGCUUUGAUUAGUUAUCUAAUAGACAUAAGUAAGUUUAAUUUUAUCUAACUACGUAUUGUUGUUUUUUAAGCAUGCUUAUACUUUAAUUGUUUGACUGUUUAAUAUAUUUAUAAAUUAGAUUUAUAUUGCAUGCUUUAAUUUAUCUGUUUGAGUUAAAUCUCAUCAACAUAUUAUUUGAUAAUAUGUUUAGGCAUCUUGAUUAAAUAAUUUUAUACUCCGCUAAACGUUCCCCAUAAAUUAAAAUUUAAGUCUUAUCCGGGAUAAUGACAUCACCCAUCAUAAUUAAAUUAGUAGAAAUAUUUUUUCGUUGAAGAAUAUUUCACCCAAGUAUUUAUUCCAUUCGACAAAAUAUAGAACUAAUUUAUAGGUACAAUUGUUUGUGAUCGUGUGAUGGUUUUGACUUACUUAAAUUAGCUCGAGUCGCCCAAGCGUCAGUGUUAAUUUAGGGAUGUCGAUCAAUUUAAAAAAAAAAAAAAUUGAUCAACCGAGAAUUGCUUGGACGCAAUUGGUCUAGGGACCUACCCAUUAUAUUAUUGCAGUGAUCAGCCCAAGCUGGGACUGUAAUAGUAUGAAUGUGGAUCUUGGCCACUAUGAUUGUGAAAACAAUCCAUGUUCUUUUUUAUUGGGGUCAAAGAGCAUGUAAAAAUAGUGGGAGCUAAAUAAUUAAAAGUCCAUAUUAUUUAGUUAACUAGAUGUGAUCAUAGGAAUUAAUAUAUGAUUUUAAUUUCAUUCUAUUUGAACUUCUUUAGACUUUUAGGAAUGUCGAAUUUAUCAUUGAGAAGUAUCCUGGAUACAUGCAAGCUUACUGGACCAAACUUUCUUGACUGGGAAAGAAAUGUGCGUUUAGUUCUUAGACAAGAAAAUAUUGAGUAUGUGUUAGACACACCGGUACCCAAGAUUCCUGAUGCCAACUCUCCUGAGUUUGCCACGUUUGACCUAACUGCUCGAGAGAAACACGUCACUAAUGCUAAAACUGUGCAAUGUGUUAUGUUGGCUGCAAUGUCUAUGGAGUUGCAAAGGCAACACGAUAGGAUGAGCGCCUUCGAGAUGCUUGAACACUUGAAAAGUCUGUUUGAUUCAGAAAGUCAGACUCUAGAGUAUGAACUUCUGACAGACAUUUUCAAGUGUAGGCUUCAAGAGGGUGGCAACGUGUCUGAGCACGUCCUCAAAAUGAUUGGCUUAAUUGAAAGAGUUGCUACCACCGGAAUUAAGUUUGAGGAUCGUGUCUCAGCUGCUAUCAUCCUAUAUUCGCUUCCGAGUUCAUUUACUAACUUCAUUGUGAAUUAUAAUUUGAACAAAACGAAAGCGACCAUGCCUGAACUCCAUAACAUGCUCAAGUCUUAUGAAGUCUCAACCUCUAAAGGAAAGACUGUUCUUAUGGUAAGCUCUAAUGCUAAGUCUCGUUCUAAGAACAAGAAUAAGCAAAAGAAGAAAGGUAAGGUUGGACCUACUCCUACAGCUCUGAAGCCUAAAGGUGGAGGUCAUAUGAAGCCAAAGGUUGCAAAGGAUGUUUGCCUCUACUGCAAAGAGAAGGGGCAUUGGAAGAGAGAUUGUGAGUUGUAUAAGGCUAAUCUAGCCAAAGCACCGGGUGCUUCAAGCUCAGGUAUUUUUAUCAUUAAAUAAAUAUGUCUAUAACUAACUCUCAUUGUUAAAGUAUUAGAUACAACUUAUGGCUUACACAUUUGUAAAAAUGUGCAGAAGCCUGAGAAGCAGUGUAGCAGUUGGACUGGGUAAAAUUGACCUACGCGUGAAGGUUGGAGCAAAAGUUGCUGCUGAACGUGAUAGGACCUUAUAGUUUAGAUUUGCCCAGUGGUUUUAGAUUAGAAUUAAAUAAUUGUUAUUUUAUUCCUUCUACUACCAAGAAGAUUAUUUCCAUUCAUAUGUUAGACAUUAAAAGAUUUAUGUUUCCAUUUUGCUAAUAAUAAUUGUUAUUUUCAUAAAAUGGUGUAGUUGUGAAAA